AUGGCGAAUAAGAUAAUCCCCAUGGAAGCCGUUGCGAGUCAACGCAAGCUGGUGGGGGGUUGGCGUCCGCGUAAGGGGAAAUACCUCCUGGCGCUCUGCACCACUGGACGACUGACCAAUCAGAACCUCUCCUUUCCUUUCUCUACCUCUCCUCUAUGUCCUCCCAUUUCCCCCUCCCUCCUUAACCCCCUCCCACUUUACCCCCUCCCUCUUUCCCCCCUCUUUCAACCUCCCUCUCCCCAUCCCUCUCCACAUCUCUCUCCCCAUCCCUCUCCCCAUCCCUCUCCCCAUCCCUCUCCCCAUCCCUCUCCCCAUCCCUCUCCCCAUCCCUCUCCACAUCCCACGUGUAAUCACGAGUGGACGCUGCGAGUGCUGCUGCGAGAGGUGCCUGGGAUCAAGCUAGCGGACAAGAAAGGCCGCCCGAUAGCUGUGAAUCAGAGCCUGGUGGAUAGGAUGGGGAAGGUCCGGUUGGAGAAGCUUCUAGAAGCUGUAGAGGUGGUGGAGGGGGAGGAGGAGAGGGCGGAGGCGGGGGAGGUAGGAGGAGCGGAGGAGCGAGAGAGUCAGACUGACUCUUCAGGGGGUGAGCAAGGCAAGGAGCAAGUAGGAGGGAGCGGAGCAGUGGGAGGGGAGGCAUCAGCAACAGCAGGUGCAAGUGAAGCUGUGGGUGCGGCAGCAGGAGUCAGUGGCGGGGAGGGAGCAGCGGCACGGAGAAGACUGAAUGAGGUGGGAAGUGGUGCAGAGGGGCAGGGCACACAAAUAGACGAAGGUGCUGCUGCAGCAUCUCAGGCAGCACCGGCAGCGGGAGUUUCAGAAGCACCACCAUCAGCUGCUACAGUCGGCACCACCACCUCUGACAGCAAUGAUGAGGAGCCCAGUCUGCCUGCCGGCCACAUCCUCACCUUCGGGGAUUUGGCGGGAACGUCUGUGAUUGGCCAUGACUGGCUGUUGGAAUCAGCACUGCCACUCGUGACCGUCCCUCCGGACUGCAGCAACCUGUGGCGGCCGCACGCUGCUGUGAUGGAGUUCGUGGAUGGCUUUAUUGCAACGCACCUGCCAUCUCCCUUCAUGGCCGUGCACCUCAGGCGUCAGUGCUGUACUGCCCUUCAUCACAUCACAGUCCCUGUGGCGCCCGCAUGCUGUAUCGCAACGCACCUGCCAUCUCCCUUCAUGGCCGUGCACCUCAGGCGGGGCGAUUUCUCGGGGCAUCUAAAGAAGCAGAGCUACAAGCGGCAUGUGUUCCUGCCCAUAGAAGCAGUUGGGACGUUCAUUCUCUCCCGCGCCGCUGCUGCCAGCCUGCACACUGUGCUGCUCGCUUCUGAUGGCACUGAAGCUGAAGUGUCCAUGCUCUCGCACAUGCUCACAGCCAGCAACGCCACCAGGCUGGUGACGUUGCAUGAGAGCCGCUUCGCAUGGGCCGACACACACAACGAGCCCUGGGGGCGAGCUCUAUUGGCUCUAGAGCAGAGCCUACCCGAGGGGGGAGGCAAGGGGUGGAUUCGGGCGGCAGAAGGGGUGGCAAACUGCAUGGAUGGGAAGGUGGGGGAGGACGGUUAG